AUGCUCUAUUCGGAAUCGUCAUAUAGUGAUACAUUGAGAAAAGCCAAUUGGUCACCAAUGGCUAAUAGUAUUGGCACUAAUGGUAUCAAAAUUUCAAACACACAAAAUGUUUUGACAAAUUCAAAUACCAAAACCAAUACUACAAUUAGUCAACAACAAAAUGACAGCCAAAAUUGCAAUUCACGUCAAAUUCAAAAUCAAGAUCCAUAUUCACUAUUUGGUGCAUCGACACAACGUUUGACUACUACAGGAUCCGGUCAAAUACAAUUGUGGCAAUUUUUGCUUGAAUUAUUGCAAGAUAGCUCUAACGGCAAUUGUAUAACAUGGGAGGGAACCAAUGGUGAAUUCAAGCUAACUGAUCCAGAUGAAGUUGCGCGCCGUUGGGGUGAAAGAAAAAGUAAACCAAAUAUGAAUUACGACAAACUGAGCCGUGCAUUGAGAUACUAUUACGAUAAAAACAUAAUGAGCAAGGUACAUGGAAAGAGAUAUGCAUACAAAUUUGAUUUUCAGGGCUUAGCUCAGGCCACCCAACCGCCCACACCGGAUCACACGGCCUACAACAGCGCCUACCAGACCACUACCGACCUGUUUCUGCACCACCGGUCUCAUCCAGGCUUUCCCUAUGGCAGUCCGACAGCCAAACACUUGAACUUUGCGGCCGCCGUUCACGGAGCGGCUGCCAGUAUAUCGUCGCCCAAUUCUGGUCCCAUAUUUCCAUCGUCGCCGACCUACUGGUCAAAUCCGAUGGCCGCAACUGCCAAUCUGUGCUCCAAUCUAUCGGCAUCGGCCACACAUCAUGUAUCACUUCCCCAUCAUCAUCACAAUCACCAUCACAAUCAUCAUCAUAACGACUCGUAUAAUCAUUACUCAAAAAAUACUAUCUUUCCUAAUAUUGAACUAUAA